AUGAAUUUGUGCAAUGAAGAUGAAUGUGCAAGGCAGUCCAUUGGAGUUACUCUGCUCCUGCAUUCGUCCACUCAAAAUAUCUACAACAUCACAUUGACUGUGCAGGGCUCUGAGAAUUUCAAUAUCAAGCAGUCAUAUGUGAUUGUCUGCAACCAUCAGACAAACUUUGAUCUUCUUGCAAUGGCAGAGAUCCUGCCAAAGCGCUGUGUACCACUUACUAAAAAAGAGCUGCUAUAUUGGGGGCCGUUGGGCUUCAGUGGUUGGCUAUGCAGCUUAGUUUUCAUUGAUCGUAAGAAGCAGCACCAAGCAAAGGACACCUUAGAACAACUUUCAGAGAGGAUGCAGCAUGAGAAGCUGAGGAUCUGGGUUUAUCCAGAAGGCACCAGGAACCGAGAGGACACCAUGCUUCCUUUCAAGCGGGGUGCCUUUCACUUGGCUAUAAAGGCUCAGGUUCCCAUUGUCCCCGUUGUGAUAUCUUCUUACAGAGAUUUUUACAGUUUGGAGGAUAAGAGAUUUGAUCCAGGUAAUUUAACCAUUCGGAUUUUGCCCAAGAUAGAAACGCAAGGACUUGAUUUACAGGAUAUUUCUGGAUUGGUUGAGAGAACUCGCAAUUUGAUGCAAGACACUUUUAAUGACAUUUCUGGGAAGAUUGUGCAGAAGAUGAGAGUAAUGAGUUCUCGUGAUCAUGGAAGAUUCAGAAAAAACAGUGGUCAUGAUGAAAAAUCUAUUUUGGAGAAGAUGCUUACAGUAAGAGGAAGAAUUCCAUGUCCAUUUAAAUCCAACAUCACUAAAUAUGGUCUGUUUGAUCAUAUACCUGCCAUUCAAGACGUGGGUUAUGGCCAAACAGUAGAAGUAGAGAAAUAUAACUAUAUUUUGAAUGAAUGCAGGAUGCAUUAUUCUCAGGUAUUUGAGGUUAAAGAGUGA